CUAUAAAUGUACAAUUAAUUCUCUAGUCUACUACAUAGCUUUUUCUUUUGCGCACCUGAGCUUCGUUUCGACGGAGAACAAAUAACGCCACCCACCCAAGGUUCGCAUCGCAUCGCAUCAUGGCCCAAGACAAAAAGGAGCGUAAAAGGAGCAUGAAGAAGAAGCAGAACCAAUCUCUGACAACUCUGCCUCAGGAAUUGAUCAGAGAAAUUCUUCUGAGAUUACCGGUGAAAUCUCUUCUGCGUUUCAAGUGCGUCUGUAAGUCGUUUCUGUCUCUGAUUUCGGAUCCCCAAUUUGUGAUUUCCCAUUAUGCCCUAGCUGCCUCGCCCACCCAUAGAUUAAUUCUUAGAUCACAUGAUUUUUAUGCUCAAUCCAUCGCCACGGAAUCAGUGUUCAAAACCUGUAGCCGAGACGUGGUUUAUUUCCCUCUCCCUCUUCCAUCAAUUCCAUGCCUUCGCCUUGACGAUUUUGGCAUUCGACCCAAGAUUUUGGGUUCAUGCAGAGGCCUUGUACUUCUAUACUAUGACGACAGCGCAAAUCUCAUUCUGUGGAAUCCGUCCCUUGGCCGUCACAAACGAUUGCCAAACUACAGGGAUGACAUAACUUCAUUCCCAUAUGGUUUUGGCUAUGACGAAUCAAAAGAUGAGUACUUGCUGAUUCUAAUUGGAUUGCCCAAGUUUGGACCUGAAACUGGAGCUGACAUCUACUCCUUCAAAACCGAGUCUUGGAAAACAGACACUAUUGUUUAUGAUCCAUUAGUUAGGUAUAAGGCUGAGGAUAGAAUAGCCAGAGCAGGGUCGCUCCUCAAUGGGGCUCUUCAUUGGUUUGUUUUCUCGGAGAGCAAAGAGGAUCAUGUGAUUAUCGCCUUUGAUCUCGUGGAAAGGACUCUAUCCGAGAUUCCUCUUCCUCUCGCUGAUCGUUCUACUGUGCAAAAAGAUGCAGUUUAUGGUCUGAGAAUAAUGGGAGGGUGUCUCAGUGUGUGUUGCUCCAGCUGUGGAAUGACUGAGAUAUGGGUGAUGAAGGAAUAUAAAGUGCGGUCAUCUUGGACUAUGACCUUUCUUAUCCAUACUUCUAAUCGGAUUUCCCCAAUAUGCACAAUCAAAGAUGGUGAGAUUUUAGGAUCAAAUUGCGCGGGAACUGGAAGAUUAGAGAAACGCAAUGACAAAGGAGAGCUGCUUGAGCAUUUCAUGGACACCAAAGGUCAACGGUUCAGCUGUGCCAAUCUACAGGCUGCUAUGUAUACAGAGAGUCUACUGCCACUCCCAACGUCAUUUUGGGAAACAAGUGAAGAGGACUAACUGUAAUAGACAACAAAAAUCAGGGCCAUGAAAUAUGCAAAAUAAUGUAGACAGUAUCUUGAUGUCACUUUCCUAUAAAUGGUGAAGCUGUUGGUAGAAGGCAUUGCACUUGGGAGAGAAUGGCAUAUAUAUGAUAUUAAAUUAUCUAUUGUUGGGGUAGAACUAGUGGAGCUAACUUCACCUAGUGGAAUAAGGCUUUAUUGCUGUUGUUGCAGUGUAGAACUAGUGUCAGUUUUAAUGCUAUUUCAAUAAAGUUGGAGUUUGAAGAAACUUUAUAAUUCAACUGUUUCAGAGUAGGAUUUGGCAAACCUCAAUUGGUGUUAUAUGUUUUGCAGUUUGUCGUUUUGCCUUUAUCUUUAUCUCUCUUAAAUGUAUAUGUUUUGCAGUUUGUC